AUGAGUGGAAGCUGGAAUACCAUCGAAUCCGACGCCGGCGUCUUCACCUACCUCCUAACCAACCUCGGCGUCCGCAACGUCCAAUUCGAAGAACUCCUCACCCUCGACCCCUCCUCCCUGGCCGAGCUCCACCCCGUCUACGGCGUCAUCUUCCUCUUCAAAUACCCAACCGACGCCCCUUACCGCGCCACCGGCGACAAGCCCCUCGACGGAACAUUCGACCACUCCAUCGCCGAAAACAAGCUCUUCUUCGCCGCCCAGACAAUCCCCAACGCCUGCGGGACCCAAGCCCUCCUCUCCGUCCUCCUCAACAAAACCUCCGGCUCCGACGACGAAGAAACAAAAAUCGACAUCGGCCCCGUCCUCAAAGACUUCCGCGACUUCACCAUCGACCUCCCCCCCGAGUUCCGCGGCGAGGCGCUUUCCAAUUCAGAUGUCAUAAGAGACACGCACAACUCUUUUGCCAAAUCGUCUCCCUUUGUGGAUGAGACAACCCGCAACCCAAACGACGAGACGGAAGAUGCGUUUCAUUUUAUCGCUUACACGCCCUUUAACGGGACCCUUUACGAACUGGACGGCCUCCAGCCUGCUCCCAUCUCCCAUGGGCCUUGCACGCAGGAGAGCUUCCCUGAAAAGGUCAUGGAGGUGAUUCAGCGCCGGAUUGCGAGAUAUGGCGACGCAGAGAUUAGGUUUAACCUCUUGGCCAUGACGAGAGACUUGAGGAUCAGGGCGAGGGAGUUGGGCGAUGUGGAGUUGUUGGAGCGGGAGGAGCAAAAGAGGAGGGAUUGGCAGUUUGAGAACGCGUUGAGGAAGCACAACUUUGUUGGGUUUGCCGGGGAGGUGCUGAAGGGGGUAGUGGAGUAUAGGCUGAAGGAGGGAGGGGAGGAUGGGUACAAGAGUUGGGUUGGGCAAGGGAAGCAGAAGAUGGUCAAGAGGAUAGAGGAGAGACGGAAGGGGAGAGGUGGGGGUGGGGAGGAUGUUGAGAUGGAGGGAUAG